AUGGCGUCGCUCGACGCAUCCCCAUGGCGUCGCUCGACAUUCUGGAUCCAUGACUCAAAUUGGUUUUCGAGAGGAGUCCGGGAAUGGGACGUGUGUGAAUCCGGAGGGUCCGAUGGAGGCGAAGAUGAGACGGAAGAGAAAGAUGGAUUUAGGCAACUCAUGGCGGAGGAAAGGUACGACGGAGAUAAAUACCGGGCGUGGUUUGCGUACGAGAGGAGGGUGAGGCGUCGGAGGGUCGCCGACAUCGUAUUACCCGCGGCAAAACUAGAAGUCGAUGUGCUAGCUUCUCCGUUGUGGCCGUUCCUAUGGUUGACACAGAUGGAUUCAAGUGUAGGGUUUAUCGCAUUUUAA